GUGGACGAGGACUGAGAAUCCGGCUUCUUGCUCGUGGACGGUGGAACCGCCUCCGGCCAACGCGAAGGAAGGCGUGACUUCUUCUUCCUAGCUUCAAUCGCAGCCUCUUGCAAACGAGCCUGAUAGAAGGCGAAGCCGAGAGUGAUAGGAUGCAGCACUUGGACCAAGGGUUGGAUCUCGGCAUCUAAACCGCCAAUGAAACUCAUGAUGAAGUAUUGUUCACCGAGUUCCGGAUUGAGAUGGAGCAUUCGCGAUUUGAGGUUCUCGAACUCCUCCUGAUAGCGAGCCACAGAUCCUGUUUGGCGGAGAUGAUUGAACGCGGCGACGACGUUGAGCUGAUCGUGAUCGCCGAAGCGAUGAAGGAGCUCCUCCACAAACGCUCCCCACUCCAAUGGAUGACGACGAUAAGACCAACCGUCAUACCAGGUGUGAGCGCGACCUUCCAAAAAGAAAGAUACGAGCUCGACCUUCUAAUCAUCCGGAAUGGAAUAGAGGGAGAAGAGCUUGCUGCAUUUGGUCACCCACACAUGUGGAUCGGUGCCUGAGAAAUAGGAGAAAUCGAGUCGGGGAUAGCGAUCGGCGAUCGUCUGCCUUCGCUGGUACGAUUCGCCCGGGUCCGUUGAAGAAGAGGCCCGAACCGGCGACGAUUGGCUGAGCUUUUGCACAAACGCCGAAAGAGCAGCAAUGGCAUCCUCCAUCCGUUGAGUAGAUGAAUCAAUCUUCUGGUGGACGGUCUUCAUCUGUUCUUCCAGCUCCGAGAGACGAGAAUUUUGUGUCGCCAUGGCCAGAUUUGGGGCUCUGAUACCACUUGUGAGGAUCUUGCUUUAUUAAUCUGGCGAAAUGGAAGAGAACAGAAGAAGAGGAGAAGGAGUUACAGGGAAAUGGCUAUCUAUUGCUAUAGUCUAAGAGAGUUUAACAGAAUGAGAAUUGGUCAAAGAUGAUUACAAGAGGAAUCAACUCUUCUUUUUAUACAUUCUCGAACUGUCUCCUGCUUAGCUGGCAAUCUCUGUAGUAGCCUGGACAUUACACUUUGGGAUUUCCUACUGGUGAACGGCGACUUAAGGGUCAAGUUCGGCAGCUUCGUCGCAAGUUCUUCGAAGAGGCUGCUGGCGCAACAACAGAAGCCGCCUCCUCGGCAUCCGUUGUUACUGGAGGCCGUCAGGAUAUGGGCCUUAAAUUCCCAGCUUCACGAUUGUGCUGAGACCCUUGAGAAUUAUAAUUUGGUGGACUUAUCUGCGAUUGAGAUUGUCGUCUGCCUCCCCAAUCCGCAGAACCCAGUGUUCUCUUUGGAUAUCAGCCGCACAAGAGUGCUCGAUCUCCUCCAUGUCAACCUGGAUACUCUGAAAAUUCCUGCCAAUGUUGGCUUGGAGCGUCUAGAGGUUCUCCAUCUCUACUCUGUAACGCUGAAGUCCGAAAACGAUCUCAGUAUCCUCACCUCAUUAUGCAGUGCUCCUAAUCUGGUGACCUUGAAUUUGAGGUUGAAUUGCCAGGCUCGUGAGCUCAAAACAAGGCUGGAAAAUUGUCCCCUCCAAGAAAUUGAAAUCCUUGGAAGUUAAGUGCUUCAAUGGCCCACCGGAACUCAGCAUCAUCUCAGCCCCUCUCCUCCACACUCUGGACAUCGACGUACCAGAUUCCCAAGUCAAGCUCCCCGUAGAAUCUUCUUCUUCAGCACCCAGUGUUAAAGUUUUACGCCUUCAAUACUACAAGCACUCGCCCUUCACUCAGUCUCAUCUUGAUCACUUGCUCCGCAACUUCCCGUCGCUCCGGUAUCUUUUUUCUCGCAAUCGGCAGCUGUCGCGGCUUUGGGGUGGAGAUGCCGGAUUGCGAGUUCUAGCCUUCGGGAACUAGUAAUCCUUGCUCUGUGCAGCAAUUCGAUUCCUUCGGGAACUAGUAGUCCUCCUGCGGCCACCCGGAUUCGAAACCCAUGAAUCAAAAUUUGUUUCUGGGAUUGAGGGACUUGGUGCUGAAGCUUAACAAGUUACACAACUUGCAACAGGUUCGUAUGGACUCUAGUGUUUACAUUUCUUGAUCAUGAAUAGCAAAUAUCAUCAUCCUUCGCCAUAUUUGUGGUGUUCUCGUGCAACAGAUUCAACUAGUUUAAUUCUACUUUGAUUUGGUAUGAUCAUCAGUUGGUUUCCGGCUUCUUAUACUUUGAUUUGGUGCAGGUGACAUAAUUUGACUCCGAUCCUCCUUUGGUUGUUGAACGUUUGGAGUUGGGGACGGUUGUUCCGAAAACAUUUGAUGUGAAGAAGGGAGGUGGUGCUCUUCUUGAUGGCCUUUUUCCGAGUUUGUCACCCUACAUUUCUGUUGGUGACCCGACGUAAUAAUGAACCCUUGUUUUUUGUAAGUACAUUCAUAAUUUAUGCUCGUGCGUAAUGCAAUGAUAUUUGUUUGUUGAAUUUGUCUCACUUUAGUAGUAUAUAUAUUUACCACUUUUAUUUUGUUUUGGUUAAAACAGUGCAUUUGCGAGCAGCUUCUGAAGAGAGACGAUUUUGGCAGUUGUUGUAAUGAUUUCAAAUGUUGGCGCCAUCAACUGAAGAGUGUGAAAAUAAAUAGCGAUAUUGAUGAUGAGAUGAUUGAGAUUUCCCAAAGUGUGGUUUCCUUCAUCCAGAAGAAAAAGAAAGUUAGUUUUAUGUUGAAAUGGUUUUAGUUAGAUUUGUGCCGAGAUUUUUAUGACACGUUUGUGUCGUCUAUAUAGGAUGUUAAGCAUUCAAUUUAGGGCUCGAUUGGAUAAUGGAUUACAGAAAUGAGGAAAUUUGACCUAAUUAUGUUGAAAUUGCUUCAUCUCAUAAUUGGUUGCAUUUUUUUCAAAAUACUUGCCCUUUGUCAAUUCAAAUUGAUUCAAAACGAAGCAAUUCAAAUUGUCUCAGUCCUAUUGAUGCAUUCCUAUAAUGUGUUGCCAGUCAAAGCAACUUAUCCAAUUACUUCAUUUUGGGGAAUUUAGGACAAAUUGUCUCAUCCAAUUUCAUAACCCAAACAACCCCUUAGGUCCAAAAUGGUGUAGGCCAACGAAUGUGACAUUUAGGAGAAACCCCUUUGCCUAAUGGGGCACCUUAGGGCUCUUAGAAGUUAGAUCUGAAUUCUGCUCUGGUCUUUAUAAGAUUUGGUUUUUACAUCUUAUGUGUUGUGUAAUUAUUUAAUAAAUUGUCACAGUGAGA